CUCUCCCAGUCUCAGGCUGUGCUUUCACACGAGCGAAGCGUCUCGCCAGCUUCAGCACUGCCACAUCUCUCACACACACACACACUCGCGCAUCACUGCCGUCGCUAACGGAUAGAUCUGCGAGAGGACGAGACUGUGAUGCUCCCGUUUCAUUAACGCUAGAGCUUCUCUCUCCAAAGGAGCGCCGCAGAAUCCCAGGAAUGAGCAUGAAUGGAGAUCACAGAUUAGCCCCGCUGGGAGAGGAAGUUAAUCAGAGCUCGGGAUCAUAGGAUUCGCCGGAUCGCUGUUCUGCUCUUCCCGUCCCGAGGGCUUGAUUUAUUCUGUCUGGUCACUGGUUUCUGAGCUUUCUGCUCGUCUCCUGAGGUUUGAUCAUCCAUCGCAUCUCGUUUCUCCUCCUGUUCCCUGUUUAUCUUUCACUUGUUUUGUUUUGUCCGAUUUAUCCUUGCGUUCGAGUUUUUCCAGGAUGGUGUGUCUCGGCACUAGCGUUCUGGACUUUAGAUGGAUAACCUCCGCAAGCUCUCGGCAAACUUGAGGAUCAACCCGUCGGGAUUCUAGUUUGGUGGAGGCUUUUCCUUCGUCUUGCAUUCCGAUGUAGCUCUAUCUAGAGGUUUGGUUUAGUUUAUUAGUUUUGGGUUAUUGUUACUGCUCUUGCUCCUCAUCUUUUUUGGGGUUUUCAAAGGUUGGUCAACCUCAUCUUUGGAUUGCUUUGUGGAAAUUAAUCCCCGAAGGUUUUUCUGUUUGCAGUUCGCGAUUGAGGCAUUUUUCCCAGCUACGGGAAUCUAGAAACCAUGGAUACCGGCUUGGCCUGACAUGUCUUCCUGUUUGUGUCACGUGAGGAGGCGUGGCAUGGAAGCCCCGCCCCCUUUCUCUUCCGCUUUGCUUCUGAGCAGUGGAUUAGUGCUUUACCCACGAGCCCCGGCGCCCAGGGUCUGCUGGACCAGUGUGUCGGGUCUAUGGAGACUGGUUCUGUCCCUGUCUUUACUCGCCUUCCCAGGCCCGGCGGUCUCGGCUAGAGUAUCGUCCAGUCUGAGCACAACGCAUCACGUUCACCAUUUCCAUAACAAACACGGCACCGUUCCCAUCGCCAUCAACCGGAUGCCCUUCCUGACGCGGGGAAGCCACGCUGGGACUACCUACAUCUUCGGCCGCGGAGGAGCCCUCAUCACCUACUCGUGGCCCCCGAACGACCGGCCGAGCACGAGGGCCGACCGGCUGGCGGUGGGCUUCAGCACUCAGCUCAAGGAGGCCGUCCUGGUGCGGGUGGAGAGCGCCAAGAGCCUCGGAGACUAUCUGGAGCUUCACAUAGAGCGUGGGAAGGUCGGCGUGAUCUUUAACGUGGGGACGGAUGAUAUCGUGAUCGAGGAGGCCGGCGUGAUGGUGAGCGACGGGAAAUAUCAUGUGGUGCGAUUCACUCGCAGUGGCGGGAACGCUACGCUACAGGUGGACAAUCUGCCCGUCAUCGAGCGCUUCCCUUCAGGUCGGCAGCUGACGAUCUUCAACAGCCAGGCGUUCAUUAAGGUGGGCGGUGGAGAGAAGGGUCGUAACUUCCAGGGUCAGAUCUCGGGUCUGUAUUAUAACGGCCUGCAGGUGCUGAAGCUGGCGGCCGAGGGCGACCCGAACGUUCAGGUGCAGGGGAACCUGCGUCUGGUGGGAGACGUGCCCUCGGUGAUGACGACCGACACCACCUCCACCACUCCACUCGCAGACAUGUCCACCACCAUCAUGGAGACCACCACCACCAUGGCCACCACCACCACACGCAAGCAGCGCUCACCCACCAUGAGGGACAGCGUCACGCAGAAUACUGACGAUCUGUUAGUAGCGUCCGCUGAAUGUCCGAGUGAUGAUGAAGAUCUCGAGGAGUGUGAGCCUGGAAACGGAGGUGAACUAGUGUUGCCAAUUAUAACUGUGGAUUCCCUUGACCCCCCGUCGAUUGCGACACGUUACCCUGUUAUUCCCCCGCCCCCGACCUAUCGCCCCUUCCUCACCUUGCUCGAGACCACCAAAGAGUCUCUCGCCCUGCCCGGGCGGCCCCCUUGUCCGCUUGACCAGGAGGACUGCGAAGAGCCCAUGGAGGUCUCGGCCUACGGCUCGGGCGAGAUGACGGAGUCCGACGAUGAGGAUUAUUAUAAAAACUCGGCCCUUGUCACUGAUCGGACGGUACUCCCGCCUCCCCCCCGGGGCGAUCGGCCCUUCGCCCGUUUGCCCAACUCUCAUCGGCCGCCCCUCCCCUUCACCCCCACGGCCCCACCAGUUUCCCGACUCAAACCUGGCAUCAACAGUGGCCCCAACAUCCCGGCGGGUAAAAUGAACACUCGUGACCAAGUGCUCCUGCCGCCCGCUCAGCCGUCGGGCGAACCGCAUCGACACAACCCAGGUAUAACGUAUCCCCCCAAUUUCCCCCAUGUCCCCACCACAGACCCCUCGUCGCCAGACCGAGGGCCGCCGGGAGCAGUGGAGGUGAUCCGCGAGUCCAGUAGCACGACAGGAAUGGUCGUGGGAAUCGUAGCCGCGGCCGCUCUCUGCAUCCUCAUCCUCCUCUACGCCAUGUACAAGUACCGGAACCGCGACGAAGGCUCCUACCAGGUGGACCAGAGCCGCAACUACAUCAGCAACUCGGCCACGCAAAGCAACGGCGCCCUAGUGAAGGAGAAGCAGCCCGGCACGGCCAAGACGGGCACCAAGAGCAAGAAAAACAAAGACAAGGAGUAUUACGUCUGAGCUCGGCCUCCGAAGGGACCGACGGCGGGAGAAGGAGAGAGAUAGGAUGAGGAACGGAAAGAGAGAUUUUUCGGCAGUUGACCGGUCACUUAUAGUGCUCUGACAUCAGUCUUCUUUAAUUUCCUGUCUCGUCUAGCUGUUGGCCUCAUUUCCAGCGAGCGCUAAAGAGUGUGAGGGUGUCUGUUGGGUUUGGAAUCAUUCCUUCCCUCAUUUCAAUUUUUUGAUAGCUAAUCCCUGUUAUGAAAAGAAACUCUGCAAACCUUUUGUAUUGAUGAAAAGGGGAUUUCUCCGCUCACUUGAUUUGACGCUCUAGUUUGUUCUUUGUAAAUACUACUCGAGUCCUCAAUAUUCAGAUCAUCUCCUAGCCUGAUGUCAAAACACCCGUGUAUGCCAGGCUGCUUGGGCAAUCCAUUGUUGCUCCAUCAGAGCGUUGGAUGUGGCCGAGAAUUGUUUGGGAAUGAGAGCAGUUGGAUUGGAACGGCUUGGCAUAGGUGACAUUUCAGGAACAGAUGGUGCCGAAAACGUUAAGCAGUCACACUCCUCCGUAAUACUGCCAAACCAGCUCUGUGUCAAAUCCGUCUCCCUCUCUUUCCAAGUGCUUCACGUUUCCAUCCUCCCCUCCCUUCAUCCCUCUCUUUCUCUCUUUCCCACACCCUUUCUUGGCUUGUUCUCUCUUUUCCUCCUUGUCCUUGGUGCUCAGGAGCAGAUGCAACGUGAUUCUGUUGUGUUUCCAGCAUGUGGUAUUCAAAAUGAAAACAGACAAAUACUGUUUCUGUGGAGUCAAAUAAUUAAUAUACGAAUACGUAUACAUAUAUAUAUAUAUAUCAAACCGUUACAACUAGCGAAACAUCUGUGGAUGAUCCCCUCGGAGACCCCACGUUCCAGCAGAUUUUCGUCGUGUGUGUUUGGGGGUUCCACAGGGCUCCGUCCUCGGCCCGCUGAAGAUCUUGGUUUCUGCUCUAAGUACCUCAUUCAAGAACCCGAAACACAACCCCAACAGCAUACAGAUGUUUGAAAAGGACUCGUGAACACGAUUGAUCGAGACCCUCUGACCCACGUCACGUCAACAAACCACAUCAGUGGAAGACAGCAGAGACUCAUAGGAUGCUUUUUUUUGUUUUGUUUUCUAUGUGUGUGUGCGUGCUCUCUUUUUUAUUUUGUCACAAUGUCAAACGGAAAAGACUAUAAUGUUCCACGAGUAGGGAACGUGAACUCUCCUGCGUCUUUGAGCACGUUCUCUCAGGGGGAAAGUAGGUAUUAUCUUUGCGCAUUUAAGAAAACGGAACAAACUCUCUUGAAAGAAAGACGAAACGGCCUGUUCCUUGGAAGAUGUACAUCUUGAACUCUAGUAUUCUAAUUUUCUCAACUCUAUUAAAAGAACUAAACUCUACAAUGAAAAGAAAAUGUUUAAAACAGUUUGUGAAAUGUCUAAAUAUUUGAAUCUCAUCCCAGUGCUAAAAGAGAUGUGUUUUUCCUAAUUAUCAUCCCUAAGAAGAAAAAAAGAAAAAGAAAAUAACGUGCAAUGAAAUGCACAGAUACGUGAAUCAGAUUCCAGAAAGCAGAUGCUCCUUUGAAUAUUAAACCGCAAAAUACGAUUUGGUUUACAAGAAAACAUUUCCUUUACCUGGCGGGAUAGUAUCCGGGAGACUUUGAUCCUCUGUUUGAAUCAUGUCGCUCUGGCUUUACCCAGCGUGUGGAGGGCUGUUCAUUCUCCAUAUUCACUCAACGAGGACCAGACACCAUCAUCAUUUGAUUUCACUCUUCCAUCUGCUUGUGUGCUUGUGUGUGUGUGUGUGUGUGUGUGUCUGUAUGAAUGUCUCCAUUAUUUCCGAUCCUGUCGGGUUUGUCAGUUGCAUUUCUCCUCAGCUCCCUUGUUCUUUCUAAAUGUUAUUGUAGAGUGUUCCAGUGAGAUGAAUCUGCAUACGUGUAUAUUAACAGAAGGGAAUACAAUUGGUUAUAUACUUCUUAAA